AGCCUUUGCGGGAGGAACCUCUUCUCUCCUUGUGGGACGGGGCUGACUGCUCGGGGCAGCUGCCGAGGCGGCGGGUUAUGGGGUCUGGGCUCCGGGAAUCAUCUGCCUGGGCUCUGCCCCCAGUCCUGAGCCAGCGGUCCGGUGUCCGGCGGGCAGGGCUGCCUUGAGCUCUCAGGGUUGAGCUGAGAUCCUGAAGUUAGUGAUUCUUUUGUUUAUUUGCUUGUUUUUGAUUUUUUUUCUCUGCCCUCGGUGCUUCUGAAGUGCCUGUAAGAUUUGCAGAGAGCGAGGGGGAGAGAGAGACUGGGGGAGGAGGAAGAAUUAAGGAAGGGAAAAGAUGGCGAGUUGCUGGAGAAGCGUGGAGAAAGCGGCAUUUUUGUGCUGCUUCUUGCUGGCAAUGGGGAGCCUAAUCUCCUGCGCCCGCCCGGAGGAGGAGGAAGAGCAAGAAGAGCAGCGCUCCUGUCACGGUGCCUUUGAUCUCUACUUCGUCCUGGAUAAAUCUGGAAGUGUCAGAAAUCACUGGACUGAGAUUUACUCUUUUGUGGAAAGCCUAGCGGAGAAGUUCAUAAGUCCAAUGUUGCGGAUGUCUUUCAUUGUGUUUUCUUCACGAGGCACUACAAUCAUGAAACUAACAGAGAACAGGGAAGCCAUAAGACGAGGGCUCGACAUUCUUCGGGAUGAAGUGCCUGGAGGAGACACGUUCAUGCAUGAAGGAUUUAAAAGGGCAAAUGAGCAAAUUUACCACGAAACCUAUGGAGGAGUUCGGACUGCUAGUGUGAUUAUUGCUCUGACGGAUGGAGAAUUGCAAGAUGCUCAGUUUUAUUAUGCAGAACAAGAAGCCAACAGAGCCAGAAGCUUUGGAGCUAUUGUUUAUUGUGUUGGAGUGAAAGAUUUCAAUGAAACUCAGCUGUCAACGAUUGCUGACAGCAUCGAUCAUGUUUUUCCAGUAAAGGGAGGCUUUUAUGCCCUAAGAGGAACAAUUGAUUCAAUUCUCAAGAAAUCUUGCAUUGAGAUCCUAGCGGCUGAGCCGUCCAGUGUUUGUGCAGGAGAAUCCUUUCAAGUUGUGGUAAGAGGCAACGGCUUUUAUCAUGCAAGAAAUAUUGACCAAGUACUCUGCAGCUUCAAGCUCAAUGACAGCCUUACUAUCAAUGAAAAACCGACUCUUAUUCACGAUACUUACUUACUUUGUCCGGCACCAGUGAUAGAAGAUGUUGGACAGGUGGUUUUCCUACAAGUCAGCAUGAACAAUGGGCUAACGUUCAUCUCCAGCUCUGUCAGCAUCACCAGCGCACACUGUCUGACUGGGACCAUCCUUUUCAUUGCUCUCCUGAUUCUCUUCCUGCUGCUGGCUCUGGCUCUGCUGUGGUGGUUUUGGCCCCUUUGCUGCACAGUGGUGAUCAAGGAGCCGCCACCACCACCCCCCCCAGAGCCUGAAUCAGAUGAUGAAGAUGGAUUGCCAAAGAAAAAGUGGCCAACCGUGGAUGCAUCUUAUUAUGGAGGUCGAGGUGUUGGUGGGAUUAAGAGGAUGGAGGUGCGAUGGGGAGACAAGGGGUCAACGGAGGAAGGAGCAAAAUUGGAGAAACCCAAAAACGCUAUUAUUAAGUUGCCAGAACAGGAGUAUGAGCCCUGGGAACCUAAGCCAAAGAAGCCCCAUGUGAGAAAACCACCUUCCCAGCGAAAAUGGUACACUCCCAUCAAGGGCAAACUUGACGCACUGUGGGCUUUGGUUCGACGGGGCUAUGAUCAAGUCUCUCUUAUGCGACCACAGCCAGGGGAUAAGGGAAGAUGCAUAAACUUCACUCGUGUGAAAUCGGAUGGAACCUCUGCCCCUUACAGCCCGCCACCGAAGCUGCCACGACGUGACAAUAUUCCCCUCAACAAUGCUCCAAGGAUUUCUUCUUCUCCUGUGUCUCUGCAACCCCCUUCCAGGCAGCCACCUCCUGGACCACCUCCAUCCCGAGCCCCUCCUGGACCUCCUCCUUCACGCCCACCCCCGCAGCCUAUGGCUUAGAGGGCAGCAAAACCCUGAUCGACACAACAUGUCUCUUUGCUGAACACAGCAUAUUUAUUGAGUAUUGGUUUACAGUUAAAGAUAUCAGAAUUUGUUGCUGGUCAGCAAAAAAAGAAGGGAAAAAAAAAGAAAAAUAGCUAAGUGUCAAUUUUAGUAUAUGACUAUAUUUAUACCACACGUGCUGAGUAAACAUUCAGUGGAUAGAUUCAGAGCUAUGGGAUAUAGAAACAAAUAAAAAUGAUCAUCUAGAUACAGUAGAGCUUUUGUAUGUAUACAUUUGAAAAUCUAUUUUGAUACGACAUUUGUCUGACUUGGUAUGUCAGAUCAUUCAUUAAUAACUUUAGCCAGUAUACGUGCAUCAGUGGUUUUGAUAGCUGCCACCUGCAGAUUGGUUAAACAUAGCUCAUUGAGGAAUUUGCUUUCUUUUCCCUAACAGUACUGCAUCCAGAUGUUAGUAUGGAUCAAUAAUUGCAAAGAUAACUUUCUGCCUUUGGUUCUGCAGGUGGAAUUUCUAUGAAAGUUAUAAGAAGCCUAUAUAAAUAAUGAGGUAAAAUGAGACUAUGUGCCAAUAAUCUAGCUCAGUAAUCUAGCAUAUAAGCGAAAUACAUUUUUUUCACCUGGAAAAAUCAGUUUUGAGCCUACCAUCUCAGCAUAUGUUUAGACUUGGUUGCAUAGGAUAACCACUGAAGGCCAGCUACUGUGUCUAAAAAUCCAAACGUUGGACAAGACUUCAGUUCAUAUUUGUCCAAAGUUCAGAGGAAUUUUGAGAAAAGCAUUUUGGCUAGGUGUUUAGUUUUCAUUUACAGAAAAUAUAGUCCAACAUGGAGCAAACAUACAUUCAAUUUGAGCAUAGAUGCUGUAAUAUGCAAACAGCGUGUGUUACUUACAUCAGUAGCACUGAGGGAUUGAUUCUGUUGUUAUUUAAUUAGAUAAAUUUUCUUUUGAUCUUACUGCCAAGCAGAACUAGAUCCUUUUGUGAUUCAAACAUAAAUUCCUCUAUAAGCAGCUCUUUCUUUAGACAGCCCAGGUCCCAAUAAUAUGUAACCUUGCAGUCUACCUGUGGUUGAGAGGCAUGAUGUGAAGUGUGAGUUUGAGCUUUUAUCCCUGUUUCAUAUGUUUGGCUAGAGGAUUUCCCAAACAUUGUGGCUGUUCAUCCAUGACCUCAAUUCUGGGUGUCAUCAGAAAGAGAUGUGAGCACCCACACAGAGGUGGGAAUUUAUGACGCGGGACUGUGGGUCAGCCCAUGAUUAGUGUUCACUGAGCAAUACCUGAGUGGGCUGUGCCCAGAGCAUUCCCUAGUGAAUCAAAAUAACACCUGAGCUUGCUUUUUCUCCACUACUACCUAUCAUAUUGUAUUGGAGAGGGUAACUGCAAAUCCCUGUGCUGGUUCGCUUUGGCACUGGCUGUGUUAAUUAGGAUAGUUGUAGAAUUAAUGAUAUGUUGCAUUAUAACACAGCAUAUAUCUAUUUCUCCAUCUGUGUGUGGGUGUGUAGCACAUCACAGUAGUUAUUGGCACAUAAGUCUAAGAUAAAACACUAACUGUAUCAUGGAAUUGGUCCAGAUUUAUGACCUUUUCAUGCAGGUGCUAUAGGCAUAUAAAGUUGUACUGGUACAAACAGAAAUCAGGCUUAGUCUUUCCAGUGGAAGUCCCACUUGCAGAACAUCACACCAAGCUCUCAUCAGUCUAUGCUAAUCACUGUGACAUGCCGUGUGUAUGCAACUGAGGCUGUCAGAUGUAAACUCAGAAGAACCACAGAGCCUCUUUCUCCUCUUGCACUGCUCUGCUCUCUUGAGUUAUGCUCUUACCUCAUGUGUAUUGGUGCAGGUAGUGGAAUUACAGUCGUGGGUGCUAGCUGCCCCUGGAGCUGUUCCUAAUUUAGGCCUGAGCCAGCAAAGCACUUCUGCAUGUUUUAAAAUGUCCUGCAGGUCAAGAGAAACUUCCUUAUGCUCAAGUGCUUUGCUGACCUGUGACUUCAUUGUGAUCAUAAAGGAGAAUUGGGAUGCACUCAACCCUAUCCUCAUUCUUUUUAGACACUUGAAUAAGUCUGCAUAUUUUGGUUCCUAAGAAUGGAUUUCUGUUUGGAAGAGAAAAAAGAGUGUGUGUAUGUGUGUGCGUGUGUCUGUGUUUGUGUGUGGGAACUGUGUAGGUUUUUGUUGGGUUUCUCUUCCUUUACAAAAAUUGCUCGAGAGUGGCACUGCUAUGAAUAUAAAGACCUUUUGCAGCCAAUGUGAUACAAAGACAUCGCUUAUCUCUGUUUCUUUCCGGUGAAAGGUGAAACUAAAACAGAUCCAGUUUUCCACUGCAGUUCUGGUGAAGCUCUGCUUCUGACACCAGUGAAAGGAACUGGAUGACUGCAGGGAGAGGGUAGGAACCUGGAUGUGGGGGAAGGUGCUUUACAAGCAGAGAUCAUUGACUGACUUUAUGUUGGUUAUACGGAAGCCUUUGGGAAAUAACCUUGCUCAGUCUAAGACUAUUUGUAAUAAUGUGUAUGCACAGCUGAACCCAGCAGCUUCUUAUAUUGGUUGUAGAAGAAAAAUUACCCAACAAAUUUAAUCAGGAAUUGAAAUAGCAGAGGGCAAUAAAACUGAUUCUUGUGCCAGGACAAAACAUGGCAUUAGAGUUCUAGCUGCUUGUGGGAAGACCACAGAAGACCACUGUUCUGUAGACACCAAGUCUCUUUAUCAGCAGGCAGCGAUGAGAUUAACUGAUGGGUCAAGAGUUUAGCUAAUGAAAAAGGCCAUGAGCCAGACUUUGUAUUGUCGUGCACCCCUACAGAUCUUGGAAAGGUUGAGCAGAGUUGUUGCAGAUUUGCAUUGAUGUUAAUGUUGGUAAAAUUUGACUCACUACCAGUAACAGUGGAGGUGUUGGCUAAGAGAGAGCUUCUCACAGUCAUAUGUCCAACAUGCCUGUUGUUUGCAGUUGAGGGGAAUAUUCUUUUUUGUUUUGCUGGGAUCAUAGUCUUGCAGAGAUAACAGAUACUAACGAUUGCUGCGUAACUUGCAAGUGCAGCAAGAAUAGGAACAGCUUGGGCUUCCAGGUGAUCAGAUGUGAUAAAGCAGGAAGCACCAUGGAUUUGAAAAUUAGAUUCAGCAUAAAUGGAGUUCCCUGCAUGAAUAUGUAGAAAACUAAGCAUUUGGUGUGUAACUUAAGUUUUGGCUGCAGCUUCUGUGACGGGAGCCCUGCAGGUUUAGUUUGCUGGUAAAGCAGGAAGAAGAGAAAGUGAACACAAACUGAAUUGCCUUUGCAAAGGUGGGGGAAAUGAAUGUGCUGCAGUGGCUACAGAAAAGCCUUUUGGUUGUGUAGAAAUGUAGCUGUUUGCAGUGACCUCAGGCAUUGUAACAAUGCAGUAGGAGAAACUGGUUGCUAUUUUACUGUCUGUUGAUCUUGAUCUUUACCUGGUAUAAAUCAAAAUAGGCCAACUGAAAUCAAGGCAGGAAUACUGCUGUCUAUCAGCUGAGAACUGUCGCAAAAUAAAUGAAGGAGCAAAAUCCCUCUAACUGGCUCCAUGUUGCAAUGUUUGUUUUGGUAUUCUUGUAUGUCAGUUGUGAUUACAGUACUUACAUUGCUAAGAAAUGUUCUCGUGGUGGAUGAUUCCCUUGUAUUUUCCAGUAGUUUGGAAAUCCAUGAUUUGACGCUUGCAAAAAGCGAGUAUCUAAUGUUUCCCCAAAUCCAAGAGAACAAUGUGGAUUCAGGGGAUCUUUGGCUCACACUUAGCACAGAUGUGAAAUGACACAAGGUGCAAAGCAGCAGGGAGGGAAACCCUGUGUGUUUAAAGAUGAUACAGAACCACAUUGAUCAAAGCAUAUUUAUGGCCAUCUUUCAACCUCAGUGCAUGUGUUGCCAUCUGUGAGAGUAACCUGCAGAGCAGACGGUCCUAAAUGUAAAAAAGAAAAAAAAGAAAGGAAAAGAAUCAGCUCCUCAUCUGAAAGAGUGAGCAUAACAAUGAAUGACAUUAUUUCAUGAACUGUACCAGUUCAAAUGCAUGUGCACCUGGUGCUCCUAAUGCUUUUCACUCCUGUUGGUCUUUAGACAACAUGAUCAGUAAUAUGCUUUCUCUCUUUAAUUGUAUGCUGUUUUUAUUGUUAUUACUUUGUUUUGUUGUGUUGUUGUUUGUUUUUUUAAAGAAACAUUUCACUGAGAAAACAGCCCUACUUCUGUAAAUAUAGAGUUUAAUUUGGAGGAGACAGCACACUUCUGGAUGUUACUGCUGGACAGUUAUUUAUUAAAAGGGGCUCAAGGUGAAUAAAUAGAGGUGGCUCAGGAUACACGCAUGCAAGUGUGAUAAUGCAGUAUAGCAUUUUCAGUUCUCUGUAGUUUUGGGGUAAGGGGAAUUUUUGGGUCAUCCUAGUUUGUUUAGAAUUUUGUUACUGAUAUACUUUUGAAUAAUGCAAUAGAGAUUCCUAACAUAUAACAGUGUAGAUUAUGAUAGAUUUUUCAUUUAGGAGGAAAAAGGGGGAGUAGUGAAGGAGAAAUGUUUUAGUUUUUAAGGGGGGAAAAUAUACUGUACUCAAUUGUUUGUUUGUUUGUUUUGUUUUUGUUUAGAAAGAUGUGUGUUUUCAAAACAGUGGAGAUGUGGCUGAUACACAGCUGGGGCAUGGAGAUGAGGGCCAGAGGGAGCAGUUGGAUUUUUGAGGGACAAAGAAGCUUUACAUGGGGGUAUGGGUUUGUUACUGGUACACGUGCUACAAAGUUCUGUAACUGACAUGCUGCUUCCAUGUUAUAAUCAUAUAACCUUUAUGCAUUUUAGGCAUGUGCUCCAUUUUUCUGAGAAAACCUUGCAAAUGUAAUGCCUGCAUGAAAAUGUGGGAGAUGUAGCCAAAGUCUUAUAAUCCAACAUAAUGUAGUCUUAAUGAAUUCAAAAUCAACAAUAAAAGUGCUUACUGGUUAAACACUA